AUGACCAGCAUGUCUAUAUGUCACAUUCAACGUCAAUUGCAUGGUAUAUCGGAUGAUUCAACAUUAGAUUACUCAGGAAUGAUGAUGAUAGCUACUAUAAAAUUAACGAUGUUUGGUUUCAACGUAUAUGACGGUCGACAAUUUAAAUUGAAUGGCAAUAAGGCAUCCAAUAACAAUGGUCAAAAACAGUUAACAGCUUAUAAUCAUCAGAUGAAAAUAGAUGGAUCAUCAUACCCUACUUUACUUGAAUUUAGUGGUUGGAUGUUCUUUUUCGGGGGUUACUUGGUAGGCCCAGCGUGUGAAUACAUGGAUUAUUAUCGAUUUGUUCAUCAAUCACAAGACUAUACUCCACUACGACGACAACAAAAUAAUGUACCACCUUCUUCCGUCAAACCAACAUUGAUCAUUUUGGCAAAAAGUGUACUGUUUAUAGUGAUUCUCUUAUCUUGUAGUUCGAAAUAUAGUUUUUCCUUGAUGUUAAAGCCUGAAUGGCAGGGGUUGUCAUUUGGUAGAAAACUUCUCUUCAUUCAAGUGGUGGCAUUUGUAGCAAGAUGUAAAUAUUAUACUGCAUGGUUACUUUCCGAAGGAGCGUGCGUUUUAUGUGGAAUUGGAUUUGCUGGUUAUGAUGAAAAAGGCAAUGCACGAUGGGAUCGACUGACAAAUAUUAAUGUGGUGCAUUGUGAAUUACCACAGUCAUUGAAAGAAUUAUCUGAUUAUUGGAAUAUGGGGGCCAAUCGAUGGUUGAAACAUUAUAUUUAUUUACGGGUUACUCCUCCAGACAAAAAGGCCGGAUUGACUAGUACUUUGAUCACCUAUGCAGUGUCUGCUUUUUGGCAUGGUUUCUAUCCUGGUUACUAUGUGAUGUUCUUCUCAGCUGCCUUAUUUCAAAAUACGGGAAGGAUCAUGCGCAAAACCUUAAGGCCUUUUACAUUUACAGUAGAUAUGCAAGGGAAAAGUGUACCGAUGGGCAUCUAUAAAUCAAUAUAUGACUUUAUUGGCAUCAUCAUGACGAUGUUUGUAAUUAAUACUACGUCAAUCGCCUUUAUUGGGCUCUACAUCCAUCCCAUAUGGUCAGUAUGGCGGCAGAUCUACUUUAUUCAUUAUGUUUUUGGUAUAUUGAUAUGGCUCCUUAUGAAAAUCAGCUACAAACCAUUGAUGAUCGCUCAAAAGAAACGUGCUGGUCGUUUAGGUUAUGUUACUUCUUCUACAAUUAUCAAUCAACAACAAGAAAAAGCACCGAAAGCAAAGGAGAUGGAUGUGACCGAUUUAGGUGGUGUUGAGCCUCCUUUACCUGAUAUUACCAUAGUAAAAAAAGUAGAAUGA